GUUGGCUCACUUUGUGAAUCCUUAAAAUGUAAACCCAGCCUGUUUCAUUUGAAACGUGUAAAAUGUAUGGGAAUGAGUGCGUGCUGUUCUUGUUCAAUCAUGUGAUUGAUCUCAGUGGUUCACCUUCUUGCUCUUGUUCUUCUGUUGUCCUGAUCUUGAUCAGGAUCAUCCUGCUGGUUUUCAUGUUCUUCAUUAUUUUCAUCACCAUGAGACUCAUAGAAUUGGAACGGCAUAAGACUGAGGAAAUUCAUGCCCUUCAUAUUCGUGAAAUUUACG